AUGGAUCUUGACGCGUUUCUGGACAAAAGGGACAAGAAGGCCAAGAAGAAGAAGGCCCAGCGCCUGCAGGAAUUGAUGCAAAAGUUUCUUCUCUCGAAUUUGAAGGCCUGGGACGCACCGACGCUCUGCCAGCAGCACCCGAAGGUGAAGCCGCCACUGCCACCGCCACCAACGACGACAACAGCAACAACAGCAAGACCCCACUCUGUUUCCUCGCCCCCGCCGCCGCCGCCACGGGCGAGGCGAAGCCCACCAGGUUUGUCGCGCGUGCACGCCGGCGCGACGGGUCACCUCGAUGGAAAGGGCCACGCCUCGGCCUUCAGCACAGAGAACCUGCCUUCGCUCGAUGACGCUUUUGCAGCCAACGAGACAAAGAAAGCCUCCGCAGCGACCUCGCCGAAGGAGGCUGCGCCCGCCUCUACGGGCAAGUACGUCCCUCCCUCCCGCGGUAGCGCUGGCGCAUACAAACCUCCCAGUGGUCCUUCUUCGGGAGCCUACAAGCCACCAAGUGGUCCAUCGUCUGGCGCGUAUCGUCCACCCGAAAAGAAAGCCACCGAGACUGAGCAACCUAAGCAAGAUGCCGAAGAGAAGAAGGAAAAUGAUGCUGGCGCCGUCGCGGCCCCACCUCUACGGCGCUGGCGCAUACAAACCCCCAGCGGUCCUUCUUCGGGAGCCUACAAGCCACCAAGUGGUUCAUCGUCUGGCGCGUAUCGUCCACCCGAAAAGAAAGCCACCGAGACUGAGCAGCCUAAGCAAGAUGCCGAAGAGAAGAAGGAAAAUGAUGCUGGCGCCGCCGCGGUCCCCGCCUCUACGGGCAAAUACGUCCCUCCCUCCCGCGGCAGCGCUGGCGCAUACAAACCCCCCAGUGGACUACUUCGGGAGCCUACAAGCCACCGAGCAAGCACUGAGCAGCAGCACUUGACGUAG